GGCAGCACUGUGGUGUUUACAUGUGAUUAGUUAGCAUAUUUUUGUGAUUUCUGUGUAUUUUUCUUCUACGUAUAAUUAAGAGCACCAGUAACCUGCUAGAGUUACCAUAGAUGCAAUACAAUACAGGUACCAUUCUCCUUUUUUAAUGGCGCAAGAAACCCAACCUGUGUCGGUGCCAAAUUUUUACCUGGCGGGAAGAUCUUAGAUUGAGAUCGGAAUAUUUCGAAGGUCAAGGCUGGCUCAGCCAGUGUGGCCCGGCACCAGCCACCAUGGACCACUCGAGAACCCAGGAGUGGGAGAAGCUGCGUGCCACAAUAGCACAGUGGAAUGACAACCGGCUGGACCUGUUCGAGCUCUCAGAGCCGGACCAGAAGCUCAACUUCCAUGGCGUUAUGAGGUUCUACUAUCAGGACUCUGGUCAGAAAGUGUCCACCAAGUGUAUCCGCGUGUCUUCGGACGCCACCUCUCAGGAUGUUAUAGCGACGCUGAUCGAGAAGUUCCGGCCCGACAUGAGGAUGCUGUCGACGCCGCGGUUCGCCCUCUACGAGAUACACGAGAGCGGAGAGGAGCGAGAGCUGGCGCCUGACGAGCGUCCUCUGCACGUGCAGCUCAACUGGCACCAGGACGACCGCGAGGGGCGCUUCCUGCUGCGGAACCUCAACGAAAAACGCUGGUCAUUGCGAGCACCUGGCGAAUCAACACUAGACGAAGGCAACUUCAAACGCAAACUCAGUAAACGAGAGAAGAAAGACCUCAAGAAGAAGGGCAAACUCCACAAGAUUAAGAGCAUAAAUGAUCACGAUUCAAGCGUGGCAGAAAAGCUAUAUACAGAGCUGCCGGAGACGAGUUUCACCCGUUCCAUCAGUAACCCGGAGGCAGUGAUGCGCCGCCGGCGGCAGCAGAAGCUGGAGAAGAAGCUGCAGCAGUUCCGCAGCCGAGACGGAGGACCAGACACCGGCGGAACGCUCAAGAUCUACGGCGAGAGUCUAUGCAGCGACGUGCCGUACAAGACGCUGCUGCUGUCUGUGACCGACACAGCCGCUGCCGUGGUACAGGAGAUGCUCCAAAAGUACGGCAGGUACCGAGAGGAUCCCAACAACUACUGUCUCGUCCAGGUGGUGACCCAGGAGCCGCAGCAGGAGACCCGCGAGUACCGGGCGCCCACGGGGCCCUACAACGAGUACAUUCUGGAGGACGACGAGUGUCCGCUGGCCAUCCUGAUCAACCACCCGCCCACGCCCGGCUCCAUCAUGUUCCACGUGCGCCGGCGGCCCAACGACUACCAGCCGAGGAAGAGGAAGAAGCUGCCCAACCAGCCGUCGACGCCGUCUGAGGUGGACCAUAGCUACCGGGGAACGGACGAGGCCAGCCUGCCGUUCCUGCUCGAACUCAACGCAGACGGCUCGGACGUGCGCCACCAGGCUCCCAGACGGUACAGCCUGCGUCUGAACGUUACCGAGGUGGGCUCGGAGCGCUCUCCGCAGGCGGGCGGCCAGUGUCUCCAGCUGGCCGGCCACAACGUGCACCCGCGUCACUGCGUCAUCGCCCACACGGAGGGUAUAGUGACGGUGACUCCGUGUGGACGGGAGGCCGAGACGUACGUCAACGGACAACGAGUGUACGAGACCACCAUACUACAGCACGGCUGUGUGGUCCAGUUCGGGCGCGUGUACCGGUUCCGGUUCCUGGACCCGGCGCACGAGGCGCACCAGCGUCCCAGGGGGCGCCGGGAGUCCGGCCGCGGCCACAACGAGAGCUACGCUGAGAGCCACGACCCUGGCCGCCGCAACAGCAUGGAGACGACGUUUGAUGUGGCUGGUAAUGUGGAGACAAGAUCCACGGCCAGCCAGAGACACAGGGACAGAGAGGAGACGGCCAGUCAGCGAUCAGACGGAAGGUCGAACAACUACGCCAGUUUCCGUCGUGGUAGCGACCCGAUCCUGCCGGCCGUGCUCGAGUUCAGGGAGGAGACCGAGGACGCGUUCCUGCGGGCUGUCAUCACACGGCUCGACCCGAGCAGCCUGCAGUUCAAACUGGCGCCCACCUAUACUCUCUACAUGGCCGCGAGGUUUCGGGCCAGCACGCACUAUCGCAGUGACCUGUCGCCCAACGAGAGAGCUCUGAGGCUGACCAACGUCCUGGCCAAGGUGGCCUCCAUGAUCCGGGACGUUGUGCAGAUGCGUCGCGGCGACGCCAACUCUCUGGCGUUCUGGAUGGCUAACGCGUCCGAAUACCUGCACUUCCUCAAACAGGACCGGCACGUGAGCGCCUACAGCCGCGACGCACAAGACAUCCUGGCCGAGAGCGUCCAGUCGGCAUUCUGGAACCUGGUGGAUAACGUUCAGUCGGAGCUGGGCGGCUCCAUCGGACACUUCCUCGAGGACCGGGACGACUCGGAUGAGGAGGAGGGUACCACGGCCGAGGUUUUGAGUACGCUGGGUAACACGAUGGCGCUGCUGCGCCGCUGUCGGGUGAACGCCGCCCUCACCAUCCAGCUGUUCUCACAGCUCUUCCACUACAUCAACAUGGGCGUGUUCAACAUGCUCGUCAUGCCCGGCCCGGUCAACUACUGCAGCAGGAUGUGGGGCGAGCGCCUGAAGCGUCGACUGAGCCGCACCGAACUGUGGGCGGACCGCCAGGGGCUGGAGCUGGCCGCCGACUGCCACCUGGGCAGGGUGGUGCAGGCCGCUCACCUACUCACGGCUCCCAAGAACAACGUGGACGACCUGACGGGUAUCACGAGCACGUGCUACAAGCUGAACUCCCUGCAGCUGAGGGCGAUGCUGGAGCGGUACCAGCCGGCGGCCGACGAGCCGGCCAAAAUACCGCCGCAGCUCAUCGACAAUAUUGUCAGGAUUGCCGAGAGCACGUCGGACGAGCUGGCUCGCCAGGACGGCCGCCCGGUGCGUCUGGAGGAGAGCAGGGACCUGCAGCUGCCGUUCCUCCUACCCGAGGACGGGUACUCGUCGGACAUCGUGCGCGGCAUUCCCAACGGUCUGACCGAGUUCAUAGCGCCGCUGCAGCACGCUGGUCUGGCGCGGAUGAGCGAACAGCCCACCAGCUGGGGUUACUGGACCAUCUAUAUGACGGGACAGGAGCACCGGCCGCCGCAAAUGCGCAGUCCGUCGGCCAUGUCCAACCGGUCUAUGGGGGCGCGCGGCCCGCCGGGCGGGGGCGGGGGCGGUCCGCCGCCCGCCGAACCCGAGGUGCAGCUCAUCAAAUUGCAAAAGUCCAACACCGGCAUGGGCCUGAGCAUCGUGGCCGCCAAGGGCCUGGGCCAGGAGCAGGCGGGCAUCUACGUCAAGUCUGUGGUGCGCGGCGGCGCGGCAGACCUGGAUGGGAGACUGGCGGCCGGGGAUCAGCUCUUAGAGGUGGACGGACACAGCCUGAUCGGCAUCACCCAGGAACAGGCGGCCGAGUACAUGAUGAAAACGGGUCCGGUGGUGCUGCUGCGCGUGGCCAAACAGGCGGCUGUCUACCACCGGCUGACGGCGCUACUCUCUCAGCCGUCACCCACCAUGUCCAGAGGGAGCCGACGUGCCAGUGAACGUGGUGGGAUGCCGCCCACGGGCCGCAUCCAGAGCGCAAAGUCCGUGCCGGCGCUUAGCUCGGACGGCGGGGACCGCGGCGGCCCGAUGGCCGGCGUCAGUCGCGGCCACCAGGAGACCUACAACCCCGGCUUCAGCCUGUCGGCGUCCAACGCCAGCCUGGCGGCACUGCCGGGCCCCGGCGCGCCGACCGCCGCGCACGCCCGCUCGCGCUCUGUGCAGAACCUGCACAAACCGGGCGGUCCGGCCGGCGGCGGGCCCGGCCCGGCCCCGGGGCCCGCGCCGCCGCCCCGGCCCAUCUCCGUGCACGCCCACUAUCAGCAGGGACAGCCCGGGCAGAUGCCGGGACAGAUGCUGGGACAGAUGCCGGGUGGGCCGCGUUCGGAGAUGCCCCGCUCCGUCUCCGAGCAUGAGCACCUGCGGUACCGGCACUCCAGCGCCACGUACAGCAACACGGGCCCGGGCGCGUUCGAGCCGCCGCGGCCAGCCGGACCGGACCGGCCGUACAGCGAGCAGCUCUCGCCGGGUCUGGGGCCCGAGCCGGGCGGCCGCGGCGGCCCCGGGCCCGCGGACAGGCCCCCGGCGCACGGCGGCGCGCCGGGCAACGGACUGAUGUACGGCGAGCGGCCGCCUCACGGCUCCGCCGAGGGUAUGACAGGGUAUGGGUAUGAGCGGCCCGUCUCAGCGCACGGACCUCCCGAUGGAGGUAUGGCGCCGUAUGGGGACCGCCACGAGCGGCCGCUACCCCCACACGGCGCGUCGAACGGAAUUUCACAGCACGGCGACCGGCCGCUGCCGCCGCCCCACUCCAGUGCCAACAGCGGUGUGUUGUCCUAUGGGGACCGCCCGCCGCCGCCUCACAGCAGUGCCAACAACAGCGUGUUAUCACAGUACGGCGACAGACCGCUGCCCCCGCACUCCAGCGGCGGCGCGCUGCCCUACGGCGAUCGGCCGCCGCCGCCCCACUCCAGUGCCGGCGGGAUGCCCGGGUACGGGGAGCGGCCCCUGCCGCCCCACAGUGCGGCCCCCGCGUCACCGGCGGCACCGCCGGACCGGCCCCCACUGCCGCCACACAGCGCCGCCGGCGGCGCGCCGCUGUCGUCUCCGUACGGCGAGCGGCGCCCGUCGGGCCCGGAGCCGAUGGCGCAGCGCCGCCGCAGUCGCACCGAGAGCUUCUCGGACCUGCCGCCUCCGCCGCCGCCCGCCUCGGCCGCUCCCGCGGUGCGGUUCGAGGAGCCGCCGCCGGCGCGGCCGCCGCCGCCCCAGGAGCUGUACGGCGAGCCGCUGCCGCCGCCGCCGCCGCCGGCGCAGACCCACCCGCUGUACGGCCAGCCGCCGCAGCGACCGCCGCCGCCGGCGCAGCAGGCUGGGUAUGACGCCGGAAACCCGUGGACGCGCGAGGAGCGAGAAAAGCAGGAGGAGAACCGCAAGAAGGAGGUGGCCCGCAAGUACCGCGACCAGCUGAUUGAGUACCUGGAGGGACUGCCGAACCGCUCCCGCCGCGAGCAGGAACAGCUGCAGGCGCUGGUGCUUGAGAAGCGCUUCCAGGAGCGCUGUGACCUCGGCGGCGAUGACGAUGACGAGGAUGAAGAUGAUGAUGAUGAUAACCAGGAGAUGAACAACUCGCGCGCCGACUCAGACGUGCCUCCGCCGCCGCCGUCCGAGCAGCCGCCGGCUCUGCCGAGCUCUGAGCAGCCGGAGCGGCCGCCGGCGCCGGGGGCCGGCAGUCGAACGGACGAGGUGCGCCGGCGCCAGGCGGAGCUGGAGGCCGCCCAGCAGGCGGAGCAGGGCAUCCUGCGCGAGGCGCAGCGGCGCCGCCAGAUAGAGGAGGACCGCCAGCGCCGCCAGAUGGACGAGGACAGGCAGCGGGUGGCGGCAGCCACGGCGGCGGUGGCGCGCGCGCGCGCUCAGCCGGCCGCGCCGCCGCCGCCCGGCCGCACCGUGUCGUUCGGCGCGGUGACCACGGCCGGUGAGCUGCGGCCGCCGGCCGUGCCGCCCAAACCCGAGGUGGCCGUGGCGUCUGUGGUGAGCACGCGGCGCGUGCAGCUGAACGAGCCGGCCGGCACGCCGCCGCCGCCGCUGCAGCCGGCCGGCGGCGGUCGACACCACGACCCGGACCGGUUCAUUGACGAGGCGCGACAGAUGAUGGCCGCUACCAGCAUCUCGCCGCCCGAGGGACCCACCUCCUCCAGUGUGGACGCCAGCGCCACGCCAGGCGUCAUCGGCGCCCAGGAGGUGUACAGAGACCCGCGCACUCGGCGGCUGGCACUGAUGCAGGACCGCCAGCCGGAGCACUCUCCCGUGCCGGAGAAACUCUCCUUCAAGGAGAAGAUGAAGAUGUUUGCUGCCGAGACCGGCUAACGCUGCGCAGCUGCCCCCGAGACCAGGCGGCGCCGAGAGAGGACGCGGAGGAAGAGAGAGUGAGCUUCUCACCACUAACCCCACACAACACACCACUAACCGGCCGGCCGGCCGACCAGGGCGGCAGCUUGUGAUCGAGACUGGCGAGUGCCGCCGUCGCUUCAUCCGUCCGUCUGUUAGAGAGAAUAGCGUCUAUUUUACACAGUGCAUAUCAUCAUAUACCGCCCGCCGGCGGCGGCUGCGGUGGGUUGUGAUGCAAGGGGUGUCCGGCCGACUAGUUUGUAGCGAGCUGAGGCGCCGGGCUGCUGGACCUCCGCGGGCCCUCGGGGACCCGCAUGGGCCCUGCCGCCGAGAACGUCAGUCUGUGUCGAUGUCCGUGACAUUUGUGGCCUUUCAUAUUCAGAUGGAUGAUUUGACGAAGAUGGGAAGUCGCGAGGUUUCGAUGAGAUUCAUGCAUUGGCAGAUCAUGGUACUUUUAAACCCUAUGGACGCUAGGCGGCUGUAUGAAGUUCUAAUGCUCCGCAGAGGAUCAGAAUACGCGGCCCGUCCUUUCGCUGUGUAAUCCGCCGAGUCGUUGACGGCGCCACGCUGGCCGCUCUAGUUUUGUAUGCUCUUUAUGGUGGAUCAUAUCGUGUAUAGCUGGGGCCGCGUGGGGUCCAGAGGACUGCGAACAUGGAACGUAAGCAGCUGUGCGGAGCCGCCCGCGGUCAGCUGUGAUGUAACCCGGGCUGAACCGGACGCAGCUGUGUUUUACAGGCGACUACGGGGGAGAAAUGACCGCUAAAUUUGUAGAUAUGUGGUAGCUUGGUGACGAAACAUUUUUAUCGAGAGUAGUUUGAUGUUUAGAGAACACAUUUUAUCGAAAGUACUUGGCUGUACGCCCGUCGGUGCGUUCUGUGACGCUUCCUGUGCCCAGAGGUGCCUAUCGUCGGGCGGUUUCCGAGGCGUGCCUAUUGUUGGCAGUGUCGUAUGUCCCAGAGGGGUGCCUACCGUUGGCAAUGUCGUGUGCUGAGAGGGGUGCCUAAUGCCUAUCGUUGGCAGUGUCCUGUGCUGAUGGUACCGUGGCUGUAAGUAGGCAGCUGCUGUGGGGCAGAUAAGAGACCCAGGGGAUGUACAGAGAUUCGUGACGCCUGACGGGCCCAGGACAAAAUAUAUCUCAUGAAUGC